AUGACAAACAAAGACAUUCAAUAUAUCACAGACAAUGUGCCAUUUGACUAUAUUUCCGAUUCUUCUGGCUCUGAACCAUCCAAAGAAAAUGAUCAAGAUUUGAAAUUACUGGAAACUGAGAUAAGUAUAAGUGCAUUGUCUGAAAAUAACAAUAUCCUAAUUUAUAUUGAGAAUUUAGUAGUGGAAAUGCCGAUUACAUUUUGCCCAUUAUGCAAAUUAAAUCAUGAGGAAGGUGUAGAAGGCAGAUAUGAAACUGGGUCCCAUUAUAUUAAAU